AUGCAGAGGCCAACCCAGCUGCGAGACGUCCAGAAGUUCACCGGGUGCUUGGCAUCUCUCAGUCGGUUCAUCAGUUGGCUGCGCGAGAAGGCCCUCCCACUGUACCAGCUGAUGAAGAAGACCACUUGCUUCAAGUGGACUGACCAGGCGGACGAGGCCUUCCUCCAGCUCAAACGGAUGCUGUCCACGCCGCCUUUUCUGGCCGCUCCGACUGCUAAGGAGCCCAUUGGGCACUUCGACGGGUGUGAGUUCCUCCAUGUGCCACGAGCCGACAACGAGCAAGCCGACGCCCUGGCGUGGAUUGGCUCCACCCCGCAAGCCAUACCAGCUGGCGUCUCCCUCCAGUGCCUGCGUAAGCCGUCUAUCAAGCCUUCUCCGGAGUCAGAGUCCAUCUUUGUGCCGGUUGACCCCGGAGCAGUCGGAUCCAUCUCGGGGACUUCAGUAGUUGGCCCGGGGACUUCAGCAAGCGGCCCAGGGGCUACAACACCCGAACCCAGCCCGGGGAUUGCAGCAGUCGGCCCCGUGACUUCAACGACGCAGCAAGCAGCAGCCAGCUCCGACCCGCCGCCUCCCAACCCGACCGCCGUGGUGCCGGUUGCUGUCAUGACAGUGGUAGAAUCUCCAUCUUGGGCGCAGCCCAUCCUCAACUUUCUGGUGAGCCGAGAGCUACCAGCCGACGAGAUCUUGGCCCGGCAGGUGCAACAUCGGGCGGCAGCAUACACGAUAGUCAACAGAGAGCUUGUCAGGCGAAGCGUGACUGGUGUCUUCCAGCGCUGCGUAGAGCCGGAGAAGGGCAUGGCCAUCCUUAGGGACAUUCAUCAAGGCAAAUGCGGCCCCCAUGCCGCCUCCAGGUCUCUUGUGGCCAGAGCCUUCCGCCACAGUUUUUUCUGUCCGGCUGCUUUGGACGACGCCAAGAUGUUUGUCCAGAAGUGCAAAGGGUGCCAGAAGUUUAGCACCAAGCAACACCAGCCAGCCUCCGCCCUCAAGACCAUCCCCAUCACUUGGCCAUUUGCCGUAUGGGGA